ACUUGGCCCAAAACCUUAAUGAGAGAGAAACUAUAUAUUAUAUGAUUCGAAAUACACACAGUCACACACUUUAUUCAGUGAACAAAACCGUCGAACAGUAGAUACGCUGGGCGGUAAACAGUUGCAGUAAAUUGCAGCACAGUGAAGAAGAAGAGUAGCUUCAAGAGAAGAUCGAAGCGCAUACAAUCAUUCUUCCUUCUCUUUAACCGGAAUAUUUCCUGCGUAGCGCCCUAAUCUCAGGUAUAAAAACUAAUGGUGAAGUCAAAACAGAGACAGCAGCAGCGAAAUCGAGCACCACCAUCUGAUGAAAGUGACUGGAUGAUGGUCAAGAAGCAGAUAAUCACUAUCCUAAUCCCACCAUUGCCUAACAAGGCACGCUCCACAACGCCAAGUGUAGUAAACGAGGGCCCACCACAAGAAAACCCUAAAAUCACCAUCUCCUCCCAAUCACCCGAAAAAUCAAACCCCCAAUCAAAAUCUCCAUCAGAAGACAUCAUCUCCGCCUCGAAGCAACCACUCCACGAAACAGAGAAAAAAUUAUCCAUUUCAUCGUCUCCCAAACAGGCUGUUCAGAUUGCUUCAGACAAGGGUUGUAAGAGAAGUAUGAUGAUAUUUGAUGGUAGUGUCGCGUUUGUGAACCGAAGAAUGAGAGCUUCGUUUCUUGAGAGAAAACUGAAGAGGGCCGGUGGACUGGAGAAUUGGCUGGUUUCGCUCGGGCUGGCACGUUUUGUGAAGGUUUUUCGGAGGAGAAACGUGAGCAAAUUUCAGUUGGCAAAUAUUAGUAUGAAGAAGCUUAAAGAUAUGGGGGCGGAUGCCGUUGGCCCCCGGAGGAAGCUUAUGCAUGCAAUUGAUUGCAUCUGCCAACCCCAUUGUUUCCACCAUGUUUGAAUGUUGAAAACUAUCUUACUCAUUUUGGUAGCCAUUUUUGUAUAAAGUGUUAUAUAUCUUUGAACAGAUUUUAGUACUGAGAGAAAUUCUGAACAUUGUUAUAUAAUAAUGAUCAGUAAAUAGUU